UUACCAUUUUAUUUGCAUACAUCUGCAUGUCUUCUCCGCGUGUGAACAGCAUUUCAAAAAUUCCACUGUAGGGUAUAAAAAAAAUGUUGCUCAUUUAGAAAACAACUUAACAAGAUUUCUGCUUUACAAGUCAUAAUAUUUCUGCUUUACAAUUCACACGAUUUCUUUAUUUCCCAAUAAGUAAGUAAUAAUAACUAAAUAGACAUCAGAAGGUCUUCUGUAUCAAAAAUGUACAUUGUGUGAGGUAAGUAAUUGGUCAGGAGCCAUUGAUUGACAGUAAAACGGACCACUCAGUGAAGACAUUCUUUCCACGCCCUCCUCAACCGGAAAAUAAUUACAUAACAAACACAAGCGACUUGCUGGCUGGCAUGAAAAGACAAGAUAUAACAACUUUAAAUAAGUUACCUUUAUAAUGUCGCGUUUGCGACUAUCUAUAUGUUUAUCAUACUUUCUUCAAGAUAUAUCUUGUUAGCUACAGCUGCUAGAUCAAUUUAUACUUUUUUGUUGUUGUUGCUAGCUAACGUCAAAUUAUGCCUCAAGAGAUUCAAGGGGGAGAAGAACAGCUCCCGUUGGUAAGGUCUCUGAAAAGCGGAAUACCGUCGAUUGCAGUGUUUUGUAACCGGAGUCCUCGAAUCAUGCGACCAGUAUGGAUUAAUUUCCGCGGGGAACCUCAACCCUACGAUAUUUUACAGCCAGGAAAAGGAAUGAAAAUGAACACCUUCGUAGGUCAUCCUUGGAUGUUCAGAGAUGCAGAAACAGAUGAGGCGCUGAAGGCGAAUAGUAAAGAGAUGUUCCUGCCCAAACCAAUGGAGAAUGGACAGGCUGUCCAGGUUAACAUCACAUUACCAGUCCUCAGCUUGAAGGAGCGUGCCCUCCAGGUAGUGCGGCGCCUGGUCCGUCCAGAGGACUACAGGAGGCUGGAGAUUGCUCGGUGUCUCCAUGAGGAGCUGGAGGACCGUCCCAGCGUGCUGAAGGACCUGAUGCGCAUCGCCCAGCGCGUGGAACAGCGCCUCCUAGAAGACAGGCAGCAACCCCAGGAUGCAUGAGGAGCAACUUCGAGUAGGAGUGCUUAUAUAGAUAUCGCUAUAUGGAUGGCUCUGAUGUUGAUGUUUCUGAAUCUAUCAAAAUAAUAAGAUGACAGAAUGUAAGAUUGUUUGAUUGGACACUGGGAGGUCAGGGUUGAAUUCACUGCUGUAGCGACUACUGCGGAUCUUCUCCAUUUUUUUUUAUUUUUAUUGUUACAUUUGUGUAAUAUAGUCUUCGUAGCUUAGGAAAAAAAUGUGUAAACCAAUUCAGUGGUCUGACUUUAGAGAAAGGAUCAUCAACAUGAUUCAGCUGCUGGCUGUUUUUUUGUUCUUGCGGAAUGUCAGGUGGUUGGAACAUAAUUACAAUUUCUUUGUAGACUGCAAA